UUGCUACCUUGCUUAGUUUGUCUCAUUCCUUUCUACGUCUGCCUUUCUCUCUCUCCCUCUAUAUUAGCUCCAGCCUCCAGCUCAGGUGGAGGAGGUCCCAUGGAGUCUUUCCCUCCCUCAAUCCUUCUCUAGGGUUUUUCUUCCUGGCGCUCUUUAGCCUUUUUCGUUUAUAUUCGAACGUUGGCGAUUUCUUUUAUGUUGCUCCACGUGAAAGUGCCACGGGGAUUGAUAGAGAUAUCUUAAGAAACUCUUCGAGCUGCAUUGGGGAAGAUUCUCGUUAGGGUUUGUUGCUUCUCCUUCUUCUGCAGUUAUCGGGGUUUCAAUUGAGUCGAAAGUUCGAUUUGGAAAUGCCUGCCCACAGAUCGAAGUCGGAGAAAGAGGAUGCCGGGAAGCAGCUCCGACGGAGCCCUUACGAGGUACUCGGCGUCUCGAGGAACUCUUCCGACCAAGAAAUUAAGAGCGCUUAUCGGAAAAUGGCCCUCAAGUACCAUCCUGACAAGAAUGCAAACGAUCCAAAAGCAGCUGAUAUGUUCAACGAAGUUACAUUUUCAUACAGCAUACUGUCUGAUCCGGACAAAAGACGCCAGUUUGACAAUGCUGGUUUUGAGGCUGUUGAGGCAGAAAAUCAAGAUCUGGAACUGGAUCUCUCAAGUUUAGGAGCUGUGAACACUAUGUUUGCCGCACUAUUUAGAAAUGCUUUUCUAUUAGCAUAUUUUUCAUGUUUGCAUUUGUGUCAUCUUGUAGUAAACUUGGUGUGCCCAUCAAGACAACAGUAUCAGCCACUGUAUUGGAGGAAGCACUUAAUGGUGUGGUUCCCAUUUACCCACUUGAACUCGGGCAUCCAAUUUCUCGCAAGGUGCGAUAUAUCUCCUGGUUCAGAUGUUAGUUUUACCAACUUCAUUUGUGCUCACAGAGAUUGCACUUCGAAGCAGGUUGAGAAGCAAAGUGCUCACUUCUAUUCUGUCACAAUCUCAGAGGACGAAGCAAAAGCUGGUUUUGUUUGCCGAGUGCAAUCAUCCGAAAAAAGCAAGUUCAAGUUAUUGUACUUUGACCAGGAAGAAAACCGUGGAUUGAGCCUUGCUUUACAGGAGGAAUGCACUAAAACAGGAAAAGUCACAUCUGCUGGAAUGUAUUUCCUUGGGUUUCCUACAUAUCGGUUGGAUCAAACAGUGAACUCGCUUGCGGCUGCCAAGGAUGCUGAUGCUGCUUUCUUUAAAAGGCUAGAUGGCUUUCAACCUUGUGAAAUAAAUCAAUUGAAGGCUGGAACCCAUGUUUUUGCUGUCUAUGGUGACAAUUUUUUCAAAAAUGUAAAUUAUACUAUAGAAGCUGUUUGUGCUGUACCUUUUGGGGAAGAAAAGCAGACUCUUAGAGCCGUUGAAGCUGAAAUUCUUGAAAAAAGGAUAGAAAUAUCGAAAUUUGAAUCUGAAUACCGCGAGGUGUUGGCGCAAUUCACAGAAAUGACGGGUAGAUAUGCCCAGGAGAUGCAAGAGAUUGAUGAGCUUCUAAAACAAAGGAAUGAAAUUCAUGCAGCCUACACAGUUGUACCACCAAUGAAGCGGAGUAUAAGUAAAAGUAGGAGUAAGGGUUCCUUCAAGGAGAACCAUGAAGUUGGACAAGCAAAAGAUAAGAAAUCUUCAACAAGAGAUAGACCAAAGAAAAAGAAAUGGUUCAAUAUCCACAUAAAAGUAGACAAGAGAAAGACUUGCUAAUCCAUAAUAAUUCCGGAGGCCGAAUCAGAUACACAUUAGUUUUUGAACAAACUUUUCUUGGUGAUUCGGCUCUGAUGGCUUUUUUCUACUCCGACCAUAAUUGGUUGCUGAAUGAUUCCUACUAUACUUCAUGACUAAUGAUGUAGUGUGAAGACGGUCUUGUGUAUAUUGCUACGUCAACAGCUCAAUGUUAUGUAAAAUGUAAUCUUUUUGAUGGGGAGUUUCCCCUUUCCUAGGCUUUUCUGUUCUCUUUUCUUCCCCGUGAUUGUAAGAACCAUACCUGUACAUUUGCAUAAUCUAUGCAAUAUAUUUUUUGUUCGUUCAUGGCGAACUACGUUGUCACCAUUGGCUCCUUGGCAACUAGGAGUCGGAGGGAAGUUAGUGAACUGAAAGGAGUGACGGCUCAGGGGCAUUAGUUUUUCUCAUGAAUUAGUUCUAGGUAUGUCUUCUGUGUUUCCAAUUUUUGCAGGAUAUGUCAUGAACUCAUGAUGGUUCUGCAGGUAACAUGCAACAAUGUUCUUCCACACAUUGGCCGGG